AUGGCGUCUCAAGAUACUUCAAUAGCUCUCGUGGCGACAACGACUGUCGUCUCGACGGUUUUGUUCCUCGUCGUCGCUCGCGCGCUGCUCUAUCCCGUUCAGCCAAAGACGAUUCGCAACCCACUCAAGCUGGGCGUCUAUGACAAGGCUAAUGCUGACAAGGUCAAGAACCUCGUGUAUCAACCUGACCAAUUUCCGGGUGCUCGAGAUGUUGACACUCCGUAUGGAAGUACUCGCGUCUACGAGUUUGGUCCUGAGGAUGGCGAAAAGGUCCUUUUUGUUCAUGGUAUCAGCACGCCCUGCAUCACCCUUGCUCCUAUUGCUCUCGCCCUCUCUAAACGAGGUUACCGUGUGAUGCUUUUCGAUCUCUUUGGCCGUGGCUUCUCUGAUGGUGUCGCUGACAUUCCUCACGAUGCCCGUCUCUACGUCUCUCAGAUGCUUCUCGUUCUAGCUUCCAGCCCCCUUGCUUGGACGGGCACGAAUGCUUUCAGACUUGUCGGCUACUCUCUCGGCGGUGGUAUUGCCAUUCACUUUGCGAAUGCUUUCCCAAACCUCGUCCGUGAUCUUGUCCUUCUCGCUCCGGCAGGACUUAUCCGCCCUGCCUCCUUCGGCCGUGUUUCCCGCUUCCUCUUCGUAUCUGGUCUCGUCCCUGAGCGCAUUUUGGCUGUAGCAACACGCCAUCGUCUCCAGAAACCCAUCGCUGCAUCGGCAAGGCCGUCUCCCGUGGCGCCCGUUGAAUCUGUCACGACGCCACCGCUCAACGUCGUCGAGGCGGAAGUGAACCCAGCAUCCGGCAAAGCCGUUACGCCGUUAGAGAAGCGAGUUAUGGAGUAUGUGCGCUGGGCGGUUACUCAUCACCAGGGUUUUGUCCCAGCUUUUAUGUCGAGCAUUCGGUUUGCGCCUCUCAUGGAGCAGCACGAUGCCUGGGCCAAGCUGACUCAACGCGCUCCUGGCACCACAGCCAUCCUGCUGGCCAGGACUGAUGAGAUCAUAAACCCCGAUGACUAUCGUCGCGAUGCACUGUCUCUCGUUGGCGGCGAACAGCAUGUGCGCUGGCGGGUUCUGCCAGGUAGCCAUGAUUUCGUCAUGACCAACCCCCAAGAUAUUCUGAGAGAGAUCCAAGAUAUGUGGGAAACAAAGGCAUAA